AUGGCUCCCACUGGAGACUCCAAUGUGGCAUCUAGUGAGAGCAAAUCAAUGGUUGAUAUUCUCAGAAAUAGUGCGGAUAUCGACGAUGAUGAUGACUAUAUCUUUACCUUCUUCUCGUCCCAACUCUUAUCUCGUUCAUUGGCACGUCAGGCACGCUACAUAAAGAACUUCUGUGACGACAACCCUUUGAUCAGGGAUGAUGCUGAUGACAAAAACUUCGAAGGGCCGCGUCCGUACCACGGACAGCAUCCCAUCGCCUGGGUAUCUGAUGCCAAUUGGAAACCUGAUACUCAUGAGAUCCUCGGGGUUUCCAAAAACCAAUAUGGUCAGGUCCUCAGCAAUGAAGAGCUUUGUAUUAUCUUAGGAACAAGUAAGCGAGUUUCAGACAAUGGUCACAAUAUCACCGUUGGGCCAGCUCGAAGGAUAUACAUCAAUAAGCCCAAUCGCCAGAGUGUUCUGGCUUUGAUUCGAACGGCGCCCCCUUCGCAAGUUCCCGGGCUUCGAGAGCUCUUGGCGAACUACAUCAGCGAAAGUCCGAAGCCGGUCAUGAGCUCAAGAGAAAUUUUCUGGUGGGGUUCGACAUGUUUCGUCUUCUCCUUUAACCUUCCGUUCUUCGCUAUAAGUGCUCAAAGCCAGCAAGACUCCCGAACACUUUCCCAUAACAAACAACGACUUCGAUCCUACUACGACCUUUCUUUCCUUCACCUAGAGGCGUGUGAGACCGACUCUUACUUUUCUGAAGAGACUGGUCGCGAAGAUUAUGGCAUAUCCCUCCUUGAGGGUGUCUGUUCGGUUGUGGUAACUGGACAGAGCAACCGAUAUUGGACUGCCAUUUGUCUCAAUGACGACCUCUACGAUGGAACAGACGAGCCCAGACUAUCGCCCGAGGACAGCAUGGAACAAUUGGAGGGAACAGAUCCUAUUAUAAUGAAGUUGGCACACAGGCCAGAGUCUCCUCGGGCUUACGCACUUGCAGCACUGGCAACUGGUCUCGUAAAGGUUGUGGAUUGCCAUAAAGAUAUACAAGAUACCCUUCGAACCAGUCUCAAUGUACAUAUCUCUUCGUCAAAACAUGGCUCCUCUGGUGAUCUUUCUCCAAAACAAUUGCAGGAGUGGGCUAGGAAAUAUCCAGAGGCUCUUGAGAGGGUGACGUGCUGCAACAAAAUACUUGUUGAAAGGCUAGAGCACUUCGUAUCGCAUCACCUCAUGGUCAGCCCUGAAGGUCUGCCCCAACAUAAGUUGUGGCUGAACGUACAGGCGGAGGAACGUGCCACGCAAUCUCUAAUUGAUAUUACAGACAGCCUUGAGAGUUUAAAAGAUAUUCACAUCGAGCUUAGCCAGCUCGAUAAGUCAUUUAAUGAGGGAAGAGACAGGGAGAGAAACCUCCACAUGUUGACUCUUGCUGCCUUUGUCAGCGACAAGCAUUUUGAGUCACGUUCCGCCGAUUGA